AUGUCGUCUGGAGAUGCUCCGUUAGACGUCGUGGGUGUGGAGAAGAUUGGGUCUAAACCAAAAAGUAAAGAAUUCUACCCGUUCGCCUAUUCCUUGUUAGACUCGACCAAAAACCAUUACUGUUGGACUUGUUUAGGAGAAACUGUAGAUUUAACAUGCGACAAGUGUAAAGUGGCAAAAUUUUGUUCCAAGCAGUGUCAAACUUCGGGAGCCUUUGACCACAAGUACGAAUGUGGACCUUUACACAACUGCAAAGAUCUCAAUACAGACGAACGGAUGCUUCUUAGAAUUAUUGGCAGAUACAAGGUCUCAAAAUUUCUUCUGAUUUUUUUGCAACAAAAAGUAUCUGUUCAGGACAUUCUCGAUGGGAAUGACAAAAAAAUUGAUGGGUUCUAUACCAAUCGAGAGAGUGGCCGAAGUGUCAUGCAAAUUUGGGAACAUUGUGCUGAUAUGAAAAAGGACGAAAAUGCAAUGAAUGUUUUUAAGAAAAUUUAUGACCGUGUGAAACAAUACGGGGACAAAACGCACUUGGUUGACAAAGACACCGCUUUCCAACUUCAUUCCAGAAACUUUAUCAAUCGACACAGCAUUUCGAAUGUAGACUAUUUGAGAGAAAUUGGAAAAGGGUUAUAUUUGGACCUCUGUCGUUAUGAUCACUCGUGCAGACCCAAUGCGAUCUACAGUUGCAAUGGCACCGUAGCUAAACUUCGAGCUCUACACGACAACGUGGAUUUGGAAAAUGUGGAAACCACUCACUAUACAUAUAUCGAACUUCCUCCGUGUAAAAUCCAGCGGCGCCACAUGCUCAAAGAAACGUGGUACUUCGAAUGUCACUGUGAGCGAUGUGAUGAUCCGGAGGAUAACUGGCUUACAGCUGUUAUUUGUCCGGUUUGUAUUGCGAAGACCGAAUUUCGUAAAACGAUCAAACUGCAUGGCCAGGAAGCGUAUUUCAAUUCAGAAACGUUGGAAAUUGUCUGCGAUAGAUGUCACACCACACUAGACAGGGAGUACAUUUUCAUGGCACUGGAUGGGAUGAGAACAAUUCGAAGAACAAUCGAAGGAGCUGAAGAUGUCUCGCAAGACCCGGUAGAGCUCCUGAAAAUCUUCCAAGGAGCACUUCUGAGCUACGAGCGUAUUCUUCCAAUGUCAAAUGCCUAUUUUUGUCAACUGAUUGCCGCUAUGAUUCCAUUGAUUGCUCGAGUUCAGAUGACUAAAAGAGAAAGACUGGUGGCUUCACUGGAUUUGCAUUUCAAAUGUGAACCGUUUGUGAGAUACGUCUAUCGUUAUGCUCAUCCUUCAAAGGCAAUGCACUUUUUGCAAAUGGGACAACUCCACUUGGAACUGCACAACGACAAAGACGCGGCAAGAUAUCUUAUCGAAGCGCAUCGCAUCAUGGAUUAUCUCUUUGGAUCCGACCAUUUCCUGUCAAAACAAACCAAGGGAUUUAUGGAUCACGCACUCUCGUCACUCAUGCAAUUCCAGAGAAGUUUUGUGAAUGUUCUUGAAAAAGCACCGGAAGCUAAAAAAGCGUUGGAAGAGAAAUUGAUGACCAAGGACGAGAAGAAAGCGUUGAAGGAUGCAGAGAAGAAUAAAAAGAAGAGGAAUAAUAAGAAGAAUAAGAAAAAUGCUUCGAAUGGAGCAUCAACCAAACAAUCCGUCGAUGAUGAUCUUGGAGACCUUCCAGAACUUAUUGCAGAUAUGUAG